AACAUUUUCAUUCGCUUUCGCAGCGUCGAAGUGUACGGUUCAUAGGAGGAACGGAACGGAACGGAGUGGAACGGACCGAAACGGUGAACGCGACGGAAACUAGUUGUUGCUGUUUUUUUUCUCCGUGUUCUUUUUAAAAAUAAAAUAACACAAAAAAAAAUUAAGUAACACUUAAGCAAAGUCCGCGUGAAAAUCAAUUGAAAAUCGUUCGUCGUUUUGUGCGUGUGACCACCAUCAAAAGUGCCACCGAUCGGAGGAUUUUAAUAAAUUCAAUUAAGAUCGUUUUCAUUGUCUGACGCACACGCGUGAUGUACAAAUGAAAAAGUAAAAAGAAAAAUAUAAGAAGAAAAAGAAAUCACAGUAAAAAAAAGUAAAGAAAAGUGAUUGACUGCACAAGAAAAAGAAAAGUUCCUUACCUCCUAGCCAGAAGUUAAAAGUGAAGCGGAAAGCAGAGAGGAGAUAACAGCUAACGGGGCUUCCACUGAAAAAGUUCCUUGUUUUGUUAAGAGAGAUCAUUGUAAUCAGCGCAGAUCGAAGCCAAUAUAUAAAAUGAUUUCACACAGUCCGCCCAUAUUCAGUCACAGUCCACCCGUUAGUUUUCUGGCGGACUUCAUGAGCGGACAUCAGCGUCAAACGUUAAAUUACAAUGACGAGCCCAACAGAGCUUCUCGCUACUGUCGGCCCCAAGUGAUAACUUUGGCCUCCAAAGCCAUGGUCAACAACGCCUCAGCGGCGGUCCAGGGCCAAGGGCCCAGUCAACAGAAGGCUGGUGCCACACCCUUAGGUGUGGGCAGUCGAUCCGGUAGGAGUUACCUGGAGCGUAUGGCCUCAGCUCCCUUGCUCAACAAUCAACCCAAAUCCUGUCUUAGCCGCAAAUCCUGCCUGCACAAAACCCAAAAUACUACGGCCAGUUCCACAGAUCUCUCGCCAACGACAACAGAUAGUGAUGUCACGGACAGUGCCAGCCAUAGCUGUAUGUGCAGCAAGGACAGCGACACCAACUGCGAACUGAGCAGCCGUGGCCCCAAAAAGCAUGUGAUCUUUGCCGAUGAUGAGGGUCUAUCGCUAACCGAGGUUCGUGUGAUGUCCGAACCCUCGAAUGUGCCGCCCUAUUGGAGCAUGAAGUUCUUGGAGCAGAUAACACAGGGCCUGGUCAGUCCACAUCCACCAGAUCAAUGGACCGUGGACUUCAAACAGCCAGCUUCAGAUUAUCUAACAUUUAGACAAAAGAUAGAUCGGGACUUUGUUUCCCUUGAGAAUGUGAUCGUUAAGGAUGAGGAAUCGAUUGUGGUGGGCACCAUUAAGGUGAAGAACAUUGACUUCCAGAAGGAGAUCAUUGUGCGUGUGACCUGGGAUGAUUGGAAGAGCCAGCAGGAUAUCUUCUGUACAUUUGCCCGGGCCUAUGGACCGACUACAUGUGCCCACGUAGUCUUCGAUACAUUCUCCUUCAAAAUCACCUUGCCACCAUCCUCUAAGCGCCUGGAAUUCUGCAUCUGCUACCGCACCAACGAUACAGAAUAUUGGGAUAAUAAUGAUGGUAAAAACUAUACCAUUAGCAAGCGUUCGCCCUUUUAUUACAACGCCUUGUCGCCCUAUGAUAAGGGUCAGAAUCGCAACUCUAGCCAGCAAAUAAGGUCCACCCUGACCGAUGCCUUGGCCAAGGUGCACGACCAAAAUGGGUGGCAUCAGGAGCCACAUACGCCAUAUUGGUGAAAUUGCCUGGUAAAGGGAUUGGAUUUUCCCUAAGCCAAGCAAUGGAAUAUAAUUUUCUCAUUUAGGCCACAUGAACAGAAAGAAACAGAUUUGGAACAGAUUUAAAAAAACAGAUUUUAAAAAACAGUUUUAGUGACAGCGAAAGCGAAAGCGAAAGAGAGAGAGUCCAAAAGAUUUUACCACUAACAAAACUUUUUGACCUAAGCUUAUUACCUGGUACAAAUAUCCCAAUUUGAAAAGUGCCAUUGACUUGAGGGAUUACCCAAGUUUAGAAGGGCUUAUUAACUACUUUAACUAGGCAAAAGCCCGAAAAUUGUAUGUUUUGUCUUUUACUCAACUUGAUGGAAUUUCUAAAUGUAUAACUUUCUAAAAUGUUUUAAUGUUCGAUUGUAAAGAAUUUUUGGAAAAAGAAUGCUAGAUUUUAUAUGUUUUACCUGUGUAUGCCUGUGUGAUUGUCUACAUUUAUAUAACUGAUAUUAGGUUUAUGUGAAGAACUAAAAACGAAAAGAAAAGAAAGAAAAACUAUAAAAAAGAGGAGAUGAAUUUUAAGGCGUGAACCAUCCAAGCAAACCAUUGUUUCGAAAUUUUCUGCAAAAGCAAAAUAAAGAGAAAAACAAAACAUAAAACCCAUAAAACAAAUAUGAAAACUGAAACCAGAAAAACAAACAACAAAAAAUUGUAGUUCCUAAGUUUAUUGUUUUUUUUUUAUUAUUUUUCAUUAUUUUUUUAACUCUCUUUUUCAUUUCAUUCAAACAAUUUUAUCUUUUUUUUUGGUUAUUUGAAACGCUAAGACUGAAAUGGCUUGUUAUGGAGAAGAAAACACGUCCUGCAAUAUAUAUUAUAUAAUAAAAUAAAAUAAAAUAAAAAUAAAACAACAAAAAUUCGCAUCAUCACAUUUACAGACAACAAAAAUUUUGUGUUCUCAUUGUUAUUGUGUGUGAUCCAGAUCCCCGACUAUAUACUAUAUAUAUAUAUAUAUUAUACACCUAACUAGUUUCUAAGUGAUUUGUAAAUACAGAAGCAAAUGCAAACAAUAUACCAGAAAAUUGCCUGUUAAAUACAUUUAUACAAAUAUGAAUUUAGUUAUAUAACGAUGCCUAGUUUGUAGUCCUUAGAGGUUAUUUAGUUAGUAAGUUGCCCCCUCCUACACCUCCCACAACUGACCUAACGUGAAUGAAUCAACUAUAUAUGUGCCUAUAUAUAUAAAGCGUACUCUAUAAUUAUUUAGUUUCUAACGAACUUAUGACACAACGAGCCACUAUAUUGUCUUAUUCAGCUCAAUGCUCAUAAACAAAAUAAAUAUUUUUGAAAAAAAAAA